CCGUCGCGCGUCGCACGCGUCCCCCGGCUGCUCUGCGGCCUGUAACUCGCGCUAAUACGCUGAAAAAGUACACCAAACUACCAACUUGCCUAUCAACCUAAACAUGUGUCGUUCCCAAAUGUUCCAACACCAAAUAGGGAUGCCAACUGCCCAAAGCAUUUGAAAAUGUCACUUGAUACAUUUCACGUGCAACGGAGUGCGUUUCAUGUAAACAAAUAAUCGAAUGCGUUCCGAUUGACGAUCGAUGUUGAUAAAAUAGUUUAAGGUUAAGUUUGUUGAACUUUUUUCGCACACGUCGGCUUCGCUGUGACGUGAGGAGUGCACUAACUAGAUUAGAUACGCUAAGCUGUAAUCAUAGAGCUUAGCGAACGAACAUCCUUUUACUUUAAUGCUACAGUGACCAUGAAGUGUAAAAAUAUUUAAAACGAUCAUAUCUUUAACAUAUCUUUGUGUAAUAGACAUAUCCAUAUAACAUAACAUAUCAGUGUUUAAUCCUAACGGUAAGUGAAUAAAGUUAUACAUAAGUGUACAUAAGUGUAAGUGUAAAGAUAUCACUGUUAAAUAAGAAAGUGAAAAUGUCGGAACGCUUCAAGGUGACUAAAUUCGAUGAGCCUUCGGGCAAAACUUUCAAGAACUACGGUGCUACGUCUGCUGAGAACGACGUGGAGCUGAAAGGAAAGCUUCUGCCGGAUUCAGGUGACACCGACGAACAUGGCCUGCCCAAGGAUAAGGACAAGGGAUGCGACACCACUCUAUAUCUAUACCAUGAGGAAAUCGAAGACAGACCCCGAGCAGCUACCUUCCUUAGUUCUCUGGCAGACUAUUCAAACACAAUCCCCACUGCAUCUGCGGCGGAUCCCGAUGCACCCAAGCCAGCUCCCCCGGCCCGCAUGGGCACCCUCAUCGGCGUAUACCUCCCCUGCAUACAAAACAUCUUCGGCGUAAUCCUCUUCAUCCGUCUCACGUGGGUAGUUGGAACUGCUGGCGCUAUCCAGGGCUUCUUGAUUGUGCUUACUUGCUGUUGUACGACAAUGUUAACAGCGAUAUCAAUGUCGGCGAUUGCAACGAACGGCGUGGUGCCCGCGGGCGGGUCUUAUUUCAUGAUCGGUCGAUCAUUAGGUCCUGAAUGUGGAGGCGCAGUCGGUAUGCUCUUCUAUACAGGAACUACUCUAGCCGCGGCCAUGUACAUAGUCGGAGCUGUAGAAAUUGUACUGACGUAUAUGGCUCCGUGGAUGUCCAUAUUCGGUGAUUUCACAAAGGAUCCAGAGGCCAUGUUUAACAAUUUUCGAGUUUAUGGAACUUGUUUACUAUUAGUUAUGGGCAUGGUUGUGUUUGUUGGAGUUAAAUUCGUUAACAAAUUCGCGACGUUAGCACUCGCCUGCGUCAUACUUUCUAUAACUGCUGUCUACGUUGGUAUCUUUGUGAACUGGAAUGGAAAUGAUAAACUUCAGAUGUGUGUGCUUGGAAAACGCUUAUUAAAAGAUAUACAUAUAAACAAUUGCACUAAAGAUAUUGACGGUGAAUUGCAUCAAGUAUUUUGCCCUAACAAUACUUGCGACCCCUAUUAUCUAUCACAUGAAGUUAGCGUGGUGCAAGGAAUCAAGGGUUUAGCAAGCGGAGUGUUUUUUGAUAAUUUACAAGAUUCAUUUCUUGAAUUUGGUCAAUAUCUAGCAUAUGGCAAGGAACCGGACGAUAUAGAACAAAUGGAAAGGCCUACAUACAAUCAAAUUUACGCUGAUCUCACUACUACGUUUACUAUUCUGAUUGGAAUAUUUUUCCCAUCUGUUACAGGUAUUAUGGCCGGAUCUAACCGUUCUGGAGAUUUGGCUGACGCACAAAAGAGUAUCCCUAUCGGAACCAUCUGUGCAAUCCUUACUACUUCUACUGUUUACUUGUCUUGUGUGUUACUCUUUGCUGGAACUGUGGAUAACUUGUUGCUUCGUGACAAAUUUGGGCAAUCUAUUGGUGGUAAGCUUGUUGUAGCAAAUAUGGCAUGGCCUAAUCAGUGGGUCAUUCUCAUUGGAUCGUUCCUGUCAACACUCGGAGCGGGGUUACAGUCAUUAACAGGCGCACCACGUUUACUUCAGGCGAUUGCUAAGGAUGAGAUUAUACCGUUUCUUGCACCUUUUGCUGUUUCUUCUAGUCGAGGAGAACCUACCAGAGCCUUACUCUUAACUAUGUGUAUCUGCCAAUGUGGUAUUCUCCUUGGCAAUGUUGAUAUCUUGGCCCCACUUCUGUCGAUGUUUUUCCUUAUGUGCUACGGUUUCGUCAACCUGGCAUGUGCUCUACAAACUCUUUUGAAAACUCCCAACUGGCGACCAAGGUUCCGGUAUUACCACUGGUCUCUGUCACUUGCUGGGCUAGUCUUGUGCAUCUCUAUAAUGUUUAUGACGUCGUGGUUUUAUGCUCUGAUCGCUAUGGGCAUGGCUGGUCUCAUUUAUAAAUACAUCGAAUAUAGAGGUGCUGAGAAAGAGUGGGGUGAUGGUCUUCGAGGUUUAGCGCUUUCGGCAGCUCGCUACUCCCUGUUGCGCCUUGAGCAGGGCCCGCCGCAUACAAAGAAUUGGCGACCACAAGUCCUCGUGCUUGCUAAGCUUAACGAUGAUCUUAAUCUAAAGUACCGCAAGAUGUUAUCUUUUGCCAGUCAACUUAAAGCUGGAAAAGGUCUAACAGUAUGCGUGUCGGUAUUGGGUGGCGAUUUCACACGGCGAGCGGGAGAGGCCAAUACGGCCAGACAAAACUUACGUAAAUGCAUGGAUGAAGAAAAAGUCAAAGGAUUUGUAGAUGUUCUAGUAUCUCACAGCAUUGCUGAUGGUUUAAGUCAUUUCGUUCAAACAACUGGUCUAGGAGGGUUAAAACCGAACACAGUGAUAGUAGGAUGGCCUUAUGGAUGGCGGCAAUCGGAGGAUGAUCGUACAUGGCAAGUGUUCUUACAUACCGUGCGCGUGGUAACCGCCGCCAGGAUGGCAAUGCUUGUUCCUAAGGGAAUCAACUUCUUCCCUGAUUCUUCUGAAAAGAUUUCUGGUAACAUAGAUAUAUGGUGGAUUGUCCAUGAUGGCGGAAUGUUGAUGUUGUUACCAUUCCUACUGAAACAACACCGCUCUUGGAAGAACUGUAAAAUGCGUAUUUUUACCGUCGCACAAAUAGAAGACAAUUCUAUCCAAAUGAAGAAAGACCUGAAGAUGUUCCUCUACCAGCUACGUUUGGAAGCAGAAGUUGAAGUCGUUGAAAUGACUGAUAGCGAUAUCUCCGCUUAUACUUACGAACGUACCUUGAUGAUGGAGCAACGCAAUCAAAUGUUACGCGAACUCAGGCUUAACAAGAAGGAAUCCCUUGGAAUGAUGCAAAAUUUGGUGGACUAUCAUGAACAAAAUGCUGAGGAGAAGUUGCCUCUGGUACAAGCAAUAGUGGAUCACCACCAUGCGGAUGUGAAGACUGCUAGCAAAGUCCGAUUCGCAGAACCUGGCUCCGACCCUCUCCCUGAAGAUGCACCAUCACCGCCUCUAGCAGAAAUCGACGAGAAAGACAAAGAUGAUAAGGACGACUUUCGAAGUAGCUUGUUGCACAUAAUCGAUUCAAUGUGGGACUCGCCCGAUGAACGCUCGCAGUGUGAGUCGCCCUCCGCGCCCCACGACGCCGACAACCACACGGAGCCCAACGCCAACGGCGACGCGCUCAACCCCAAGCCCAACGCCAACGCGCCCACCAUCACCCCUGACGAAGGCACAGUGCGACGGAUGCAUACUGCCGUGAAGUUGAAUGAGGUGAUAGUGUCACGCUCACACGACGCACAAUUAGUCAUACUGAACCUGCCGGGCCCGCCGCGCGACACGAAACUCGAAAGGGAAUCCAAUUAUAUGGAGUUCCUGGAAGUCCUUACCGAAGGGCUCGAGAAGGUGCUGAUGGUGCGCGGCGGCGGCCGCGAGGUGAUCACCAUCUACUCGUGAACGUGCACGGAGCGACCUUGCCUCAGCAAUAUUGCUACAUUUGUUCAAAGUAUCUUUAUUAGACUCUCAGUGAAAACGCUCGCGUUGCGCGCUCUUUACAAAAGUCUGUGUGAUUUGUUCGUAAUUUCGUACUCUGUUUGAAGUUUGAACGUUCGAGGAUUUCGAGUUCACGUCUGGUUGAUCGUUUUGUAUUUAUGUACCUAAGUAUAAAAAUCAAUUCGCGUACUAUUCACGACUCGGACCGCUUUGUUGACUGUUAUAUUUUGUAACAUACCUAUUAUAUUCUCUUACGGUUAUUGUUCGUUUAUUUACAUGUUAGAUUAGAUCAAAAUUUUCUUAUACCUUAUUCGAUGCUUACGAGAUGAUUUUUAAAAAUUUAUUCGCUAUUGUUUACGUACCUAGUAUACCUAUGUUUAAAAAUUUGUGUAAACCUUACGAGCCUUAACCUAGGUUAGCUCCGAAUUUUGUUGUUAUUAUUUAGAUUAGCUAUAUGUAAGUGUGAUUUAUAUUCUAAUGUUACCGACACGCUGUAACGAUUUACUAUGAAUCUUCGAUUUUACUUUUUUUAUAUAAAUGUUGAAAAUUGUAGACAAUUUACAACCGUUUACAAUCAAGGAAGGUUUUAUCUAAAUUAAAUCAACUUUGUAAAUAGUUAUUUUGUUCUAAGAAUAUUACGUCUGCUCAAGUUAAAUAUACCAUGGACUGAACAUUGGUGAACACUUCAAUUAAAUUUUUACUUCUGAAAUCAUUGUAGAGACUAGUCUAGUCAUGUCCCGAAAUUUAUAAAAAUCCACAAAAAAAAUGUAAUCAUGUACUUUUACUUUUCUAUAUAACUUGAGUUAAAUCAUUUAGUUAUCAUCAUCCUUACAUUGUUUUAAAUAGUGAUUAUUUUAUUUACUUACUCGUAGGUAUAAUAUUCCCUAACUUGAAUUAGGCGAAUAAAGGUUUAUUUGGCUUUUCCUCUUAGAUUCAAUUUCUAAACUAGGAAAUUAUUGCGCACAUUCGCGUAGUUAGCUGAUUUUUUACUGUGAUCAUUAUAAAUAAAGAUAAAGAUUAUGUUAUCUAUAAUAUUUAUUAUAUAUACACCGUCGACUUAGGUACGGGUGAUUUAUUCGUAAGAAAAUUAUGAUUCUUCGUAUAUACCUAACUCAUAGUUAUGGUGAGGACAAAACUUCACAUUCCUUGUCAAGAUUUUAGCUUUAAGGCCUAAGUUUAAGAUAUUCGUAUAACUUAAUAUAGAUUUAUAAUUAAAAUGUAGAGAAACUCUCAUUGUGGUCAAUAAUAACAGGUUGCUUUAACUCGACCUAUUUGUACUAAUUAACAUUUUAUGUUAAACUCUACAAAUUAGACUCCUACGUUUUUUAUUUUCUUUGUACAUUAACUAGGCACCUAUAUAUUUGUAGAAGUAUAUUUCUUGUUUUUGUAACUUUAUUUUGAAGUUUUUAUGAAGGAACUACGAGUAAAUUCUACCUAAAUGUGAAGAGUGUUAGUUUACUGCCAAGUAGAAUUCAAUGUUGUAAUUUCCUAGUCCCUAAGCGAUUAGGUAGUUAGUUCUAAAAUAUUUCAUUCGGAAUUUACAUAAUAGGUACUUACUAGGUAAUUAGAUCGGUUGAAAAAUAGAUUUUAAGUCUAGUGCAUGAUAUCACUUUUACGAUUCCUCGAUUCUAAACGUAAAAUAGAAUAGUAAUUAAAUCCUGUCAUUAUGAUGAUAACGCGAUUAAGAUUGAUUAUCUCUAUAUAGUUCAAAAAUCGACUCUAAUGGUAAGGCACAUGGAUAUUUAUCGCGUGAUACAUUUCACAACUUCAAGUUCCAGUAAUAUCCUGAUACCCACUCUUGACGCGCGAGUUACAAUAUACCUAAGCGCCAUCAGGGGCUUGAGUUUUAUUAUUAUUCCAAGGAAGAGAUUAUUAUUUAUUAAUUAGUGUGGAUAAUUUUUCAACAAUCUAUCUUCUUUUCUACUAAUUAGGUCACAAUCCAAUACUAUGGCAUUCCCUAAGCUCGCGCGUUAUCGUACCCAAAACGUCUUAUCACGUCUUUAUGAGACUGUACGCUUGAUUAACUAAUACAAAAAACAUAUACACCUAUGAGUUGAAAUAUUAUAUUCUUCUAUUUAUAGGUAUAUAAACGGAUUUGACACCAAAAAAUUCAUUGGCUAUAAUAUACCUAAUAUUUAUUAUAAAUUAUAAUGUUGAAUAGCACAAUUUGCCUAGGACAAACAAGAAAUAAACUCAUCGCCUAUGCGGUGAAAGAUGAUCCACGAUUUCCGGCUUAAAAUUUAUUAAAAUGAUUAAAGGUAACAACAGAAAAACUAAUAGGUAUAGGUACAUUUACCUAUACGUUCACUCUCCGUUUAAAAAGCUUGUUAGUUUAUUAAUUAAUUUACGUACACCAAGCGAAUUUAAGCGAUUAGGUAACUAAGUACUUACGUCAUAAAAUUUUAGCUUGGGCGUGUGUGAGCUAUCAUAUAUAAAAUUAAUGCUUUAACAUUACUUGGCGAAAAGAUGUACCUACUUAAUAAUAUACGAAAAGGAGAUUCAUCAUAAUAUCCCGGUUAGAGCGAAUAACUAGGAUUAUUUUGCAUAAAGUUUCGGCAUUUUGCAAUAAUUUAUCAAUUAAAUAUUAUCAUUUUACUAAGUGAGCACGAUAGCUUAUUCCGUUUAUCCACCCUAGGGUUGUAUAGAUCUGUGACAUUCAGCGAAUGAAAUCAAAGAAUAAUAAUAAUUAGUUAAUAUCUUGAAUGAGUCUUAUCUAUUGUAGGUACUUAUAUGAGUCUACAUAGUCGAGAAAAAAAAUGGAAGAAAAGUAGGUAAUUCAAUAAAAAAAAUCUGUUAAUCCACCCCCUUCGGGGUGGAUAGACGGACAUACACACUCUAAGGUGGCUGUUUCGGGGUGGAUAAACGGAAUAAACUAGCACAAUCACGAUUGCUUAUUCUAUCGCCAUUACUGAUAUCCAAUUAUUUUUAAAUGGUGAACAAUCUUGUAAAGUGUAACCUAUUAAAAGUGUCACUAACGACAAAACGAAGGCAGAAUUAUAAAAAAAAACCCUUGUUUAUGGUAAUCGCAUUUGUGGGCGAAUGCAACAGACAGCAAAAUGAGCUUUAUAAUCAAUCGAUAGGCGAUAUAUACGCAGUACGCAUUCGCAUUAAGAUACAUCGGUACUUACGAGUUUACGAAAUAUUUGAAAUCUGUAAAUUACUGCCCUAGAUACCUAUGAAGUUUAUACUUCUUAUGUUAUGGAUUGCGUGAUUUGUCGCAGGUGUGAAUAGAGAAGUAUCUAAGAGAUCAAAUAACUGUGAUUUGCCUUCUUAAUUUAAAGGUAUAGCAGUAUAGGUAGGCAUGUCAAUUGCGCAAUCCAAUAUGUAGAAUUGUUUCAAAGUAUGAAUGAUAAAUAGGAAAUUAUUGUCGUUUGCAUUUGUAUGUAUGCAGAUAUUUGUAUCGUUAUUAAUUAAUUAAUACGUGAUACGUUGUGUGAUCUUCUUAAUUGAAGGGUAGGUACUUGAGGUUUGAGUAAACAGAUUUCACUUAAUAUAAUUAAGUAGAUAAGUAUAAAAAUUCCGACAUAAUAUAAAACUGACUAUUCCAAAGUAUGUACCUAAAUACCUAUUUGUUUGUGUUCUUCAUCACAUAGUGAUAUAAAAUUGCAGAUUCAUUAAAAUAGAUGACAUAUCUUCAUUUAAACAUAGCCAUAACUUGAAAUAUAUUUAUGAAUAAUAUACUUACGUAUAGAACUAUUUAUGUCUAUCAAUAGGCACUGAAAAGAAUAAUAUUUAACUUAAGUAUUUAUAUUAAAGAACUCAUUUACCUAGGUAUAGGAGAUAUGCUUAAAUAAGUAAAUAUUUAUUUAACUAUUUUUAUUUAAGCUUAUCUCUUACGUAUGUCUAUUUUUUAUAAAAGAAAUUACGUUUUAGAUUAUAAUAUUAUUUAAUGAGAUAAAUUAUUUACUUGAACUACAAAAUAUGACGCUAUAGUCUAUAAACUAAAGAAUCUGUAUGAGACAAACGAACAUGCGUAAAACAAAAUCACAGUGAUGAUUUUGCAAUGAUGUGGAAACUACAAGUACUUGUGCCAAAAGUCAUUCAUAUUUUGUUGGUUUUAUACCAUUUAGGUAAUCUACUAAGUAGAGUUACCAAAAAAUAUGUCAAAAACAGUUUUAGUUUCAGUGACUGUAAUUAAAUCUUUGGUAUAGCAAAUAUUGCUCUUGGACUAUUUCAUGGUAGAUGAGUCACAUAGUUAGAAAACAUGAAAUUGCACCGUUAGGUACCUCUGAACUUCAUAGUAUAAACUCGUGUUCGUAUUUUCAAUCUUCAUAAAGGAAACUACUUAGAAUAUAACUUGAAAAGUAAACAUAAUUUAUAAUAUUAUGUAAUGUACCUAACUCUAUCGAGUGUCUUGUAAUUUAAUAAUGAAAUGUCUAUUUUAGAUUUUAGGCUGUGAGCCAGCGUAAACAAAUUCAUUAAAAUUUAAUAUUUCAGGCUAGAGUUGCUGUGAUACAUCAUUCGGUUAUAAAAUAUAGAUAAUUUUUUUAACCGGCUGCGGCUUAGAGCAAGCGGAGUGACUACAAAAAGCCAUAAUGUAAACUGCGAUUUCAUCAGGGUGUGGAAGCACCUUUUAAUUACAUAGUAUUCGAUUCCACUUUUUGUUUCGCUACAAAUAGGUACAAUACACGAAAUCAAAUCGACAAAAGUCAAAUAAUGUUUACUUAUUUGUAAUGUAACCAGUGUUUUGAUUUAGACAACCUUUUAAUUUAUCAAUAUUACACCUAAAUAAGAGUUUUAAAAAAUUGUGAAAGUUGUCAGAUAAAUAAUUACUAUAAAUAAAUAAUUAAUUAUUCAAAUAACAAUUCUAGCGUAUUAGCAAACUGAGUAUUUUAAGUGAAAAGAUGUUAUGAGUAAAAUAAUAAAAAUAAAUUAUAAUUCAA